AUGACAACAUACGUGAGAAACUAUAGACUUGUUAGGUGCUCCUCUACGUUUGCGCUCAUACGCACGGGGCACUGUAGGGAGCCACUAUGCAUUACAGGCGCAGUACGAUUGAUUGUAAAUGGGAAGAACUGGAGGGAGCUCGAUGUUUCUCGUGCAAAAGACUGGGUAAAAACACUUAGUGUAACGGGUUUACCCUUGAAACAAUUUGUCUUGCGCUACGAUCGAGCCAGUGGUCCAGGAGGACAGAACGUUAAUAAAGUUAAUAGCAAAUGCACGUUAACACUUCAUGGCUUGUCAAAUUGUUCUUGGAUUCCUCAGGAAGUUAAAAGUAUAUUAUGUAGCGGCAGGUUUCGGUACUAUACCAAAAACAGUGACUCUGUAGUAAUUCAAUCUGAUGAAACCAGAUCCAAGCAAAUUAACAAACUGAAAUGCUUCGAGAAGCUAAUUCAGGAAAUCAAACAAACCUGUCAGUUCCCUAAUGACAUUCCUAUCGAGACUGCAGAAAAAUGGGCAAAAAUCAAGAAGAAAUCGAAUGCAGAACGGAUACUUAAUAAAAAGGUGCAUAGCGAUAAAAAGAAGAGUAGAGGUAAAAUUACACUCAAUUACUAA